AUGCCACUCACUGAAGUUAUCCCGGAACUUUAUCAUGCAAUUUUGUGGAAAUACAAAACAGAAGGAAACGCAAAUAUCGUCUUGAUAUUUGUUGGGAAAAAUGAGAGAUUUUUUGGAACGGUUCUUCGACUUAGAAAGACAACGAUUAGUAAUCAAGAUGCCAAUAUUGACAAUGCUGAUUCGUUCGAAAGCCAUGAUUUUACAAAUUUAUACGCUUCCUCUGUCAUUGGGCAUCUGCUUGGUGAUGAAUAUAUUAGUAAAUCAAUAUUAUUAAAAGUUCCUCAAACGUUUCUAAAGGCGCUGUCAAAAGCUAUCUAUCCUAUGCGUCCCACCGAUCGAACCCAUAAAGAUAUUGAUUUCAAUCAACACUAUGGUAUAUUAACACUUGAUCAUACAAGAUUUAUAUCUGAUGCGAAUCUUACACUAUCCAUUGAACUUAAGCCAAAAUGGGCAUUUUUGCCAUCAUCUCCUUUCAUAAAUCCUGAAAAUCCUGAAAAAUUUCAAUCCUGCCGAUUUUGUAUGCACAAAUAUGUCAAGAAAAUUUCAUCAAAGUAUUGUCCGCUAGAUUUGUUUUCUUUAGAUGAAGUAAGAUUGAAACAUGCGAUUGAAGGGCUAUUAUUUAGCCCAAACAAUAAUUUAAAAUUGUUUGUGCAAGGCGUACAAAUACAUAUUGAACAGGAAGAUUGGCCCACACAAUUAUACGAAUUUUUCAAUAUUAAUAAAUCUUCAACAGGUCCACCCAAAAAAUAUCGAAAUGUUGAUAUAAAAACUUUGUUGAUCGUGCUAUUAUCGCGCAUUAUUCUCGAAGAGCAAAUUUUAUUUAAACGACUCAAAAAGCUUCAAAAAACAUUGGAUGAAUUGGAUAUAGAAGGCAUAUACAAGUUAUUUUUGAAACUGCAAUCGAAUUUACAUGAACCAACAAUAGAAGAAUGGCAAUUGAUCAUGAAAGAAUAUGAACGAAGGAUUAAGAGUCCUGACAGUCCCGACGCAUUAAAUUUAAGUAUGGAUGAUGCACAAAUGCGACAACGAAUUUACGAGUUUUUAAUGUCAACUACGUUAAAAGAUUGCUCAAUAAUUUUCACAUUCCAGAGAUCUUUUUUUAAUUAUGAAACAAAAGUCCCACAUGAUAUCAGUCAAAUUUUUGAAGAACAAGUUAAAUUUAUUCCCUUUCCCAAUGAUAAAGAUUUUUUAAAGUACAAAGUUAACGUGAUCGAUUUGGACCCUAAAUCAGUUACCAAGAUACCAUAUUAUUAUGAGUUAGAUGCAAUGAUCGUGAAUAAUUAUAUGAAAAAUGAAAAUA